AUGGUGGCCGACAGCUGGUGUCUGAAAGAGCGUGUUUGCAUAUCGGUGUGCGGCGGUGUGCAGGUCCUCAUCCGCGGGAAGGAGGUGCUGCCGGAGGCCCUCGAAGCGGUUAAGAAGCUGACCACCCCCGACGGGCGGUGGCGCCACCCAGUUGUAUUCAUGACCAACGGAGGCGGUGUGUGCGAAGCACGUAAGGCCCAACAGCUAUCUGGGUGGCUGGGUGUGGAUGUCCGGCCGGAGCAGGUCAUCCUGUCCCACACGCCCAUGCGCGACCUGGUUCCGGAGCUUGCCCAGCAGCCCGUGCUGGUUUCGGGGCGAGGUGACGUGCUCGAGGUGGCCCGCUCAUAUGGGUUUCAGCGGCUGCUGCACACCCGGGACCUCGGUCGAGCCAUGCCGGCAGCCACCCCCUUCAGUACAUACCCGCCGAAUGAAGAGGCAAUCGACCCGCCCUCAACGGCGGAAUCAGCGGCGGUGACGGAGUCCUCAGGCGGCGCGGCGGCGGCGGCGGUCGGAGCCUCCGCAUCCGCCCGCGGCAGCCCCGUCUCUCUCUCCAGCCCUGUCUUCACCUCCACCUCCACCUCCACCUCCACCUCCCCACUGCGCACAUCCCCGGGGGGAUCAGUGGGCCGUAGGUGCCCCGUCCGGGGUGGUGGCUUGGGCACGGAGGCGCACCCCAUCCACACGGUGCUGGUGAUGACGGAUCCAGACGACUGGUAUCGCGACGCACAGCUCAUAUGCGAUGUGCUCGUAGGGGCGGGAGUAGCCACUCGCACAGCAGCGGCGGCAGCGGCUGUUGGAGCUCCGCCUGUCAAGCUGGUGUUUUCAAAUCCUGGUGGGAGGGGAACUGGGAGGACGAUCACCCGUGGGGGACACACCCGUGUGAAACACAUCACCCGUGUGGAACAAUGUGCAAUCCCCAACUCGUCUUACCCCUUGUCCCCAACACCGCUCCCUGGUGUGGUGCGGCUUGCUGAACGGCUGCUGAUAGCCCAGGCUCGGCGUCAGGGUUUGGCCCUGCCCGAGUUGCCCCCCGGAGCGCUGCCGUUCAGCGGUAUCUAUGCGGUGGGCGACAACCCGGCGGCGGAUGUGCGGGGAGCCAACCAGGCGGGGGCCCCCUGGGUGUCCGUGCUGGUGCGCACCGGCGUGUUUCAGGGUCCAGGUCCCAACUGCGAUGUGGACACGGCCCGAGUGGCGGUAGAUGAUGUGGCUGCGGCAGUUGAUGCGGCAAUGCACCACACGCGCAGCCUCCGCUGGCACAGCAUGCGGGUGGGGGGAGACAACCUGCAAGGUGUUCAACCUGAGGAGGAGGACAUGAAGGAAUGCACAUCACAAUCUUAUGUUCAUCCUUAG